CCCCGCAGAAUCCGGGACGGGAGUGUCCCGAAGGCGCAUGCGCACAGCGCUGCCCCCCCGCGACCCGAAGAGACUACAAACUCCAGAGCAACCUGCGGCCUCUCGCGCAGACGUCCGUAGUUGGAAAAUAGGAGGAGUAUCCCUCGACCCACCCAGAGGAGGGACGUGGCUCUCCGUGUUUCUCGCAUCUGCUGCUGAGGGUCGAGCCUGGUGUCUUGCCCUGCGGACCUGUGGGAAGACCCGGCCCUAAAGCAAGGAUGAACUUGGAGCGGGUAUCCAACGAGGAGAAGCUGAACCUGUGCCGGAAGUACUACCUCGGAGGGUUCGCUUUCCUGCCUUUUCUCUGGUUGGUCAACAUUUUCUGGUUCUUCCGAGAGGCCUUCCUUGCCCCGGCCUACACGGAGCAGAGCCAGAUCAAAGGCUGUGAGUCGGACACGGAUGUCUGGCGCUCGGCGGUGGGCUUCCUGUUCUGGGUGAUCGUACUCACCACCUGGAUCACCAUCUUCCAAAUCUACCGGCCCCGCUGGGGCGCGCUUGGGGACUACCUCUCCUUCACCAUACCUCUGGGCACCCCCUGACGGCCUGUGCACGGGCUCGGGACCUGUUUCCUCCGCAGGAUGGGCUCGACGCACGUCUCAAGCCCCAAAACUUGCUUCUGUCCUGACACCGCCCCCAAUAAAAGACCCUAACCCACCA